AUGUUGGCAUUUGUUUUGAUAGUGACCGCUCUUGUCACCGCACAGGCUGGGCCAUCACCAGCGAUCCCGGAGGGCAGGGACCUCCAUAGUGGGAACGAUGAUACGGCAUAUGACAUCGCACAAAGAAUAGCGAGAGAUGGCUAUUACUCGGAAUCCCACAACGUGAUUACCAGCGAUGGAUACGUCCUUGAAUUAGUUCGAAUUCCCUACAAGCGCUUCCAAUUCUGGAGGAAUCCAUUUGCUCCAAAGAAACCUGUUGUGUUUUUGAUGCAUGGACUCCAGGGCUGUUCGAUAACCUACAUAACCCUGGGUGCAAGACGUAGUUUAGCAUACAACUUGGCCGAAGCUGGUUUCGACGUAUGGUUGGGAAAUGCGAGAGGGGCUUUGAAUUCCAGAAAACACUUAAUAUUGGAUCCCGACAACCCUGAUCAUGCGAUAAAAUUCUUCGAUUACACUUUCGAAGAUAUCGCUACUAAGGACCUUCCUGCUAUGAUAGACGCUGUUCUUAGAAUCACAAAGCAAGAAAAACUUCAUUACGUCGGACAUUCACAAGGAGCAACUGCAUUUAUUACUUUGAACUCUUUGAAGCCAGAAUACAAUGAUAAAUUCAUAUCAGCUGACUUGCUAGCUGGCGUAGGCUAUCAGGAUCACUUCCCUACCAAAAUCAUAGAUGAAAUCGCCAAACAAACCGAUUUAAUUUUUGAGUUAGCUCGUCGACAGGGCUUGAUGGAAAUUGGAAAUUUAAAAAAGAGUGCAAUCUUAGCGGACUACAUGAAUAAAGAAGAGGUUGAAGCAGCGAACCUAUUUGAUAAAUUUCUUUCAUUCCUGGAGGGAAUUUCAAUGCUUGGACGUCUGGAGAUAAUAGCGGGAGCAUCUAUCAAGCAAUAUGCGCACUUUGGACAAAACAUCAGAGAUAAAUCCUUUAGACGGUACAACUACGGACCUCUAAGAAAUCUAGUGAGAUAUGGCAGCUUUGAGCCUCCUAAGUAUGACAUCAGCCGCAUCACUGUGGAUUUAACGAUGCAUUACGCCAUGUCCGAUGUUCUACUGAGUGAAGAAGAUGUUCUAAGUAUGGCCAGAGUUAUUCCAAACGCUAAAGCACGUAGAGUAGCGAGAGAAAGCUUUGGACACAUGGAUUUCGUUAUAUCAAAUGAUUCUAAGGAACUAGUGAAGAGGAUAGCGCGUGAUGGAUAUUACUCAGAGUCCCACUACGUAACAACUAGCGAUGGAUACAUCUUGGAAGUGAAUAGGAUUCCCAACGGACGCUCACAGAAAGGAGCCAGCUCAAAGAAGCCCGUUGUGUUGUUGAUGCACGGUCUCCAGGGCUCUUCGAUUUCCUACAUCGCUCUUGGUCCUGAAUAUAGUUUGGGUUACUUGUUGGCUGAUGCCGGUUUUGACGUGUGGAUGGGCAAUGUACGAGGAGCUCUCAACUCUCGGAACCAUGUCUCAUUGGACCCUGACAGAGAUGUAUUGAAGUUCUUCGACUACACCUUCCACGACAUCGCUACCAAGGAUUUACCUGCCAUAAUCGACUACAUUCUAGGCGAAACAAAACAAGAAAAACUCCAUUACAUCGGUCAUUCCCAGGGAGGCACGGCAUUCUUGGUGUUGAAUUCUGUAUUGCCUGAGUACAAUGACAAAAUUGCUGCAGCAGAUUUACUUGCCGGAGUCGGUUACAUGAGACACUUCCCUAACGUCAUGUUGAAAGCGUUCGCUAUCAGCACUAAUAUUAUAUUUAACUUUGCCCUUCGUAUCGGUAACCUGGAAAUCCUUGGUCCCAACUCAGUUGAGAGUUCAAAUUGCAAAAAUUCUGAUGAUGCUGAAGCGGAAUGCGCGAUACAAUCAAUUAGCGACUUUAUGAGUCAACUGUUGGCGUCAAACGAGAUGAUCGCUGGUGCUUCGCUCAAGCAAUAUGCUCACUACGGACAGAACAUACGCGACAGAAGCUUUAGACCGUGGAAUUACGGCGCCAUCCAGAACCUGGCUAAAUACGGCAGCAUUAAUCCUCCAAGUUAUAACAUACGUCGCAUAAAUAUAGACACAAUCAUGCACUACACGGUUGGUGACGAACUUUUACACGAAAAAGAUGUAUUGAACAUGGCCAAAGAUAUGCCCAACUGUGUACCACGCAGAGUCGCCAAGGAUUCCUUCUCUCAUACUGAUUUUGUAGGCGCUAAUGACUCCAAAGUACUGGUGUCUGACUUUGUUGUAGAAAGGCUGAAGAAAUUGUACCUCUAA